AUGUUACUAUUCUUUUAUCAUUAUAAAAGUAAAAUAAUUGGAUAUCCAAGUUAAAUAACUCAAUUUGAUGAUAAGAAUGGUGUUGUAUCUCAAAUUUACAAUUCAGAUUUGAUUAUCUCGAAUAUAACAAGAAAUACCAUUUUAUUAACAAAGAAAUAUGUUGAAUCUUGGAUUAGAAUAAUCUUUCAUGUAAAUCAGACAUUUACAAUUUUAGAUGAAAUUAAUAAAAUUUAUUUAAAGUAUUAAUAUAGAUUUAAUUUUAAUGAAUCCUAAUUUUUUAUUAGUUCAUAAGAUUAUGCAUUUAUUGUAUAAGAUAAAUAAACUCUAUACUUUUAUUCAUAUGUUAAAACUGAACUCAAAGCAUUUAAGAUUAAUUUUGAAAAGAAAAUUAAUUAUUUAGUGUAACAAGGAAAUUAAUUAUUCAUUUAUUUUUAAAAUUGUAUGAUUAUGAUUGUUGAAUUCUAAAAUUUUUAAAUUAAUGAAGUAAAUCACUCACAUUAAGUAAAUUGUACAAUCUAAUUAAAUGAUGAUAGUGAUAAAUUAAAUAUUAAAAUUCAACCUUCAUAAAUUGAUAUUUUAAGAAAGAAUACUUAUACUUAUAGUUUGAGAUUUCAUUAAAUUAUUAGAUUACAAUAUUUCAUAAAUUAUAAAAAACUUAUCAUCUUUGAAUUAAAUGAAAAUCUCCUUCAAAUGAAAUAUUAUUAAGAAAAGAAUAAUUACUAUUAAUUUUUAUAUUUAAUACCAACCUAUUAAUAUAUUAUAGAUUAACCAUUAAUAUAUAAAACAUUUGUUUAAAUGAUUGCAAUAUUAGCUCAUAAUGAAUAAAAAGAUUAAUAUAUUUUAAUAUAUGAUUUACAUAACAAAGCCUUAAAUUCAAUGGUUUCAGCUAUAUAAGUUGAUGAAAAAUGUCAAAUUUUUAAUUUUCAUUCUACUUCAUAAUUUUUUUAUGUUUAUAAUAAUGAACUAAGAAUCUAAUUUUUAGAUUCCAUAAAAAUACUAUUUAAAAAUGA